AUGGCAGAAAUAAUAAAAGAUUUUCAAGUAGAAAAUUUCCAGCCAAUAUCUCGAGAGGAGAAAAUUAUUUGGGAGAAAUAUAAUCAACAAGCUAAGAGAAUAUUUCUAGUAAUGAUGAUACUUUGUCAAUCCAGUGGACUGUGCUUUUUGACACUGCCAUUCGUGGAGACGGGUUUUGGAAAUAUGUCAUUGCCUUUCAAAACAUAUCAACCGUAUGAUGUUGCAAGUAGUCAAGUGUAUUGGUUUACUUACGUUCUUCAACUUUUCGCAGCUUUUUACGGGGUUUUAAUUAAUGUGUCAAUGGACACAAUGGUUUAUGGUUUUAUUUUACUACUUUGUGCACAAUAUGAAAUACUGUCUUUGAGAUUGGUGAAAAUUGAUGGCAAUGAAAAUUUUCUGCUUAAAAGUUAUGUUGAUCAUCAUGUUCAUAUCAAGAAUCAAGUUUUUAAGAUACAACAUUUUUUUAUGAGAAUCGUUGCUACACUUUUCUUCUUCAGCUUGAUUACUUUAGGUGCGAGUAUUUUUAAAAUUAUCGAGUUAAAAUUACUUAGUAUCGAAUGCUUUACCAUAUGCUUGUAUUUGAUAUGCAUAUUGUUUCAAAUUUUUGUGUACUGUUAUCAUGGUAAUGAAUUAACACUAAAGAGUAAAAUAAUUCUCAAUGCAAUAUAUAAUAGUAACUGGACACAACUGAAUUGUAAAAAUAAAAAAAGUUUGAGAUUUAUAAUGCAGUUUAGUGCAAAAGGAGUUAUUAUAUCACAUCGUGGACAAUGUGUACUAAACCUAAAUACAUUCGUUUGGAUAAUGAAGACAUCUUACAGUGCCUUAAGUGUUUUUCGUAAAGAGUGAAUUAGUUUUAAAAAAAUUGAGGAUAAAGAUCUUUUUUGUAAAGAUAAUAUUUAGG